GUGCGGGGCUCGCUGUGGGUCGCGAUGCCGGGCGCGGUGCGGAUGCUGUGCCUGGCCGCGCUGCUGGGCGCGCUGGGGGCCGGCGGCACGGAGCUGACCCUGGAGCUGCCCGACAGCGCCCAGCGCUGCUUCCACCAGGAGCUGGAGAGCGGCAUCAAGUUCAGCCUCGACUAUCAGGUGAUCAGCGGAGGACACUAUGAUGUGGACUGCUAUGUGGAGGACCCCAACGGCAAGACCAUCUACCAGGAGACCAAGAAGCAGUAUGACAGCUUCUCGCACCACACCGACAUCAAGGGUGUCUACACCUUCUGCUUCAGCAACGAGUUCUCCACCUUCUCCCACAAAAUUGUCUACUUUGACUUCCAGGUGGGCGAUGAGCCGCCCAUCCUGCCUGACAUGAACAACCGUGUCACCGCCCUGACACAGCUGGAAUCCGCCUGUGUCACCAUCCACGAGAUGCUGAACGCGGUGAUCGACUCCCAGACCCACUACCGGCUGCGGGAGGCGCAGGACCGGAGCAGGGCUGAGGAGCUCAAUGGACGCGUCUCCUACUGGUCCGUGGGGGAAACCCUCAUCCUCUUUGUGGUCAGCAUCGGGCAGGUGAUGCUGCUCAAGAGCUUCUUCACUGAGAAGAGACCCAGCAGCGGCGGAGCUGGCACCUAGAGCUGCUGUGUGUGUGCCUGA